AUGGUCGGGAUCGAUAACCACCACGAUAAGAACAGCGACAACAAUUGCGACAACAACUGCGACAAUAACUGCGACAACAACUGCGACAACAACUGCGACAACAACUGCGACAACAACUGCGACAAUAACUGCGACAACAAAUGCGACAACAACUGCGACAACAACUGCGACAACAACUGCGACAACAACUUCGACAACAACUGCGACAACAACAGCGAUAAGAAUAGAAGAGAAUUCGCCGCUCCGUCAUCUCUUCCAUUUCGUGGAGGGCCCAGCUUGUGCGAUGAGGCAGAGGUUACCGAACACAUAGUGUGCACUUUCUCUCCUCCCCGCUUCGCCGCUUAA